GUCAUUUUAAGGGAUCCAUACGAUGAACAUUUCUGAAGCAUUUUCCUUAGUAAACUAGAUAAAGAUGGAUGAAUCUGCCUUGUUGGAUCUUCUGGAGUGUCCUGUGUGUCUAGAGCGGCUUGACGCGUCUGCCAAAGUCUUGCCUUGCCAGCACACGUUUUGCAAACGAUGCUUGUUGGGGAUCGUUGGUUCCCGAAAUGAACUCAGAUGCCCCGAGUGCAGGACUCUGGUCGGCUCCGGUGUUGAGGAGCUUCCGAGUAACAUCCUCCUGGUCAGACUUCUGGAUGGGAUCAAACAGAGGCCUUGGAAACCUGGCCCUGGUGGGGGCAGUGCAGUGAACUGCCCAAGUGCGCUAAGGGUUCCGAGCAGCACUGUGGCGAAUUGUGGCUCAAAAGAUCUGCAGAACUCUCAAGGUGGACAGCAGCCCAGAGUGCAAGCCUGGAGUCCCCCAGUGAGGGGUAUACCUCAGCUACCAUGUGCCAAAGCAUUAUACAACUACGAAGGAAAAGAACCUGGAGAUCUUAAAUUCAGCAAAGGGGACAUCAUCAUUUUGCGACGACAAGUAGAUGAAAAUUGGUACCAUGGAGAAGUCAGCGGGGUCCAUGGCUUUUUCCCUACCAACUUUGUGCAGAUUAUUAAACCGUUACCUCAGCCUCCACCUCAGUGCAAAGCACUUUAUGACUUUGAAGUGAAAGACAAGGAAGCAGACAAAGAUUGCCUUCCCUUUGCAAAGGAUGAUGUUCUGACUGUGAUCCGAAGAGUGGAUGAAAACUGGGCGGAAGGGAUGUUAGCAGACAAAAUCGGAAUAUUUCCGAUUUCAUAUGUUGAGUUUAACUCAGCUGCUAAGCAGCUGAUAGAAUGGGAUAAGCCUCCUGGUCCAGGAGUAGACGCUGGAGAAUGUACCUCAGUGGCAGCCCACAGCAGCACUGCCCCAAAGCACUCUGACACCAAGAAGAACACCAGAAAGAGGCACUCCUUCACCUCCCUCACCAUGGCCAGCAAGUCCUCCCAGGCGUCUCAGAACCGCCACUCCAUGGAGAUCAGCCCCCCUGUCCUCAUAAGCUCUAGCAACCCCACCGCUGCUGCGCGGAUCAGCGAGCUCUCUGGGCUUUCCUGCAGUGCCCCUUCUCAGGUUCAUAUAAGUACCACUGGGUUAAUUGUGACCCCACCCCCAAGCAGCCCAGUGACAGCUGGCCCCGCAUUUACUUUCCCACCAGAUGCUCCCUACCAAGCGGCCCUUGUGACCAUGAACCCUCCUCUCCCUCCACCCCCACUCCUGGCUGCCCCUGUCGCCUCCACACCACCAGGUGCUGCUGCAUCCGGAGCAGGACCAAGGCCCGCAGUAAUACCCGCUGAGCAGAUUGUGCACUUACGGCCCCAGACUCGCCCCAGUGUGUAUGUUGCUAUCUAUCCAUACACUCCCCGGAAAGAGGAUGAGCUGGAGCUCAGGAAGGGGGAGAUGUUUUUGGUGUUUGAGCGCUGCCAGGAUGGCUGGUUCAAAGGGACAUCAAUGCAUACCAGCAAGAUAGGGGUUUUCCCUGGCAAUUAUGUGGUACCAGUCACAAGGGCAGUGACGAGUGCCUCCCAAGCUAAAGUCCCCAUGUCUACUGCUGGCCAGACAAGCAGGGGGGGGACCAUGGUCAGUUCUUCCACCGCAGGAGCCCCUGCUCAGAAGCUCCAGGGAAACGGUGUGACUGGGAAUCCCAGCAUCGUCCCCACAGCCGUGGUGUCGGCAGCUCACAUCCAGACGAGUCCUCAGGCCAAGGUCUUAUUGCAAAUGACUGGGCAGAUGACUGUCAACCAGGCUCGCAAUGCUGUAAGGACAGUUGCCGCACACAACCAAGAACGCCCUACGGCAGCUGUGAUGCCCAUCCAGGUGCAGAGUGCCACCUGCUUGGGCCCCACACUUGUGGGUCUGUCCCAUCAUCCCUUGGCCUCUCAACAACCUCAGCCUCCAGUGACGGGCCCCGCCAUGCAUGUUGCUGCCGUCAGUAUCAGUCGAGCCAACGUGCCUCUGACGUGUGCAGCAGCUGCCUCCCUGACCUCCCCGAGCAUCACCACUGCCUCUUUGGAGAGUGAGCCCAGUGGCAGGACCGUGACCAUCAUCUCUGGACUUCCCACAUCCCCUGACAGUGCUUCAUCAGCUUGUGGAAACAGUUCAACCGCCAAACCAGACAGUAAGAAAGAAAAGAAGGGGUUGUUGAAGCUGCUUUCUGGAGCUUCCACCAAACGUAAGCCCAGGUUAUCUCCUCCGGCAUCUCCUACCAUGGAAGUGGAGUUGGGUGCCUCUGGCGAGUUGGCCCUGCAGGGAGCAAUUGGCCCUGAGCUGCCACUAGGGGGCAGCCACAGCCGAGCUGUCUCCUGCCCCACAGACGGGGAUAGUCCCGCAGGCAUAGCAGCAUUGGCCUCGGACACUCUGCAUUCAAAGACAGGAUCUCUGGACUCUACGGUUCCCAUUGCACCCCCUCCUCGUCAGCCCUGUUCUUCCCUGGGUCCUGUCAUGAAUGAGUCUCGGCCUCUUGUUUGUGAAAGGCAUAGGGUGGUGGUUUCCUACCCUCCUCAGAGUGAAGCUGAACUUGAACUUAAGGAAGGAGAUAUUGUAUUUGUUCAUAAAAAACGAGAGGAUGGCUGGUUCAAGGGCACAUUGCAACGUAAUGGGAAAACGGGCCUUUUCCCAGGAAGCUUUGUGGAAAACAUCUGAGGAAACUAGCACCAAGAAGGCAUAAAGUCACAUCACACUACAAAAUAGCACAAAUACAUUUCGUGGACAGCACAUCUGUGGACCUCCAGGCGAUCAGGAGAUGAGCAAAGGUCUGCGUGGGACUCCCCUGCUGCACAGCACAAUUAUACCAGCGAACAGUGAAGGCGGCGUGCGUGUGGGUCUCAUUCCUCUUGAGUUCUGUGUGGAAGGUGUGCCUUGUACUGUCUGAUUUACUGUACACAGAUACCCUUUUGUUCUUGUUUGUUUUAAAAAUAUAGAGAAUGGACAAUUGUUUACAAGGCUUAACUAAUUUAUUCGCUUUCCUAAACUUGAAUUCUUGUAAUAGAAAUUCUUUGGAUUAUGAUUUUAAGAAAUGAUUAAUUUAUGACAUGUUAGCUAAGGAGAAGCUGGAUUCUCUCCUGUUGAGAGCCAGAGAUUCUUUGGGGUAGAAGGAGUUUCCUCCCAACUCCCCUGGGUGUAGUCUGCUGCUUUAGGGCAGAAGUGCAGUGCUCUGAUUUGACUUCCCUCUGAAGCAUAAGUGGACCCCAAGAAAUGUCAUUUUCCUUGGAAACCAAAACACAAGGGAAGCAGUAUCAAUAAGAUCCUGGGGUGGGGCGUCAGAAACUUUUGAGAGAAGAGGAGUUAGUGGUUCCCUGUCUUUCUGGGUUAGUCAGGAAUCACCCUAUAAAUCCUAGUCCUUAAUGUAGUUGUCAAUGUUUGUAGAAGGAAAUCAGCUAAGUGAUGGAGAUGACUACACAAAGCACAACUCUUGAAUAUCAAUGUCCAGAGAAUAUAUUUAGUUUAACGGAAGCAGCUCAGUUCACUGGUUGAAAGUGGAAGAUUGAGGCUAGGCUCGCCUGCCUGAGAAUGGCCUAUGAAACGGUGUUUCCCAUUUGACCCUAAGUGGUGUGCAUGCCCCGACACAAGGAAACAUUCGUGAGGUAGCGGUGAUAAGUGAUGCUCUCGUGUGACCGUCAAAGGCUGUGAGAAACACUGUGAAAAGUUUAGUCAUCCAUUGUGAGUCUGCCCCUGCCUUCUUGCAUGUGUUACUGGAUGCCCACAGUGAUGUAGACUGGCCAUGGUGUGUAUAUUUCAUUACGGUUUCCUGUUGAGGGUAGUUUACACUCAGACUUGACCAGGACAGGAGAUACAAAAUAACCAGUAUAGUCUUCCCUACCCCAAAGCCACUGCACAGAAAGGUCUCAGAGAACUCCCUUCUCUGGGUUCAGGCAUCCUUUGGCCCAUUACCUAAGUCAGUAGAGGAAAUGGGCUUUUAUGUCCUCCCAGCUGACAAACAUAAAUGAUGAGUUGCACCAGGUCACUGAUCCUACGACUGACUAGUUGUGCAGCCCAGAGAGGCUCGGCACAAGUGAAUGUGCCCACACCUUACAAUUGUGGCAGGACCCAGCUGAGCCAGACUUUAUUUAUCUAGUCUUUGAAAAUGCCAGCUUUGUGGCUGCUUUCAGUGUGGUGCCACGUAGCCAUGGCUCUGGGUCAUCCUGGCAGCGAAAACGGAGAGAAACAGCCUGGUGGUGAGUGAAAUCAUCGCCACAGUUUUCUCAUUAAAAAGAAACUUGGCCAUUUUGCUAACAUUUAUGACUGGGGAUUAUAAACGUACACCGAAACGUCUUCUUGCCCUGUAUAAGAGGGUUCGUGGUCUUAGAGUACAGUAUGUGGUUGAAAUGAAAUCAUUCCUAAUCAUUUGUUUCUGUUGUUUUUACAAAGUGCUGUACAUUAUGUUCUUGUGUGUGGGAUUCUUUUUAAAAAGAAAAAAAUCUUUACUGGGAUAGUCAUGUAAUAUAUAAAAGUUGGUGAAAUGAACUUUAGUUAGGCAAAAGCUGGCAUCGGCUUUCAUCGUCAUAAGUUGACACCAAUGUGUCAUAAUAUUCUUUAUUUUGGUAAAUUAGUGUAUUUUAUAAAAUAAAAAGACUACUACAAGUUAAGAUAAUUUUUUUACCUGUCUUUUCUCCAUAUUUUAAGCUAUGUGAUUGAAGUACCUCUGUUAAUAGUUUUCUGGUGUAAAAUUGGUUAAAAUUUCAUCUGUUAAUAGACCUUUAGGUAAUAUAUGUAUGGAUUUUCUAUUGGUUUGGGUUUUGGGGGGUGUGGAAGACAGUAGAUGGAGAUUUUGUGAUAAGGGCUUGUUAACAGUGAGAUGGUAAUGAUAAUCUUGCACUUUAUCCUGCCUUUUCAUGUGAGUCAUUUGAGGACGGGAUAAAAGGUUCAAGAUUAAAAUUUGAUGUUCAAGCUUCA